AAAAAAAAACAAAAAAAGCUCUGCGACGAUCCGGUCGGCGACGAGACUAACUUCGCCGUCAGAGACCGUCCCGGUACCGGAGAAUUACAAAUCUAUUUGAUAUCUCUCCUCUUCUUCACACCAAAAACCUAGGGAAUGGCUGUUUUUAAGGCGGCAGGGAUUAUUAUUAUUGCCCUAAUCUGCUCUUUCAUUACAAUCGCUUCCUCUGUUCCUUUCAUAGUUCUACAUGGGAUUGGGGAUAAAUGCAGUAACUCAGGAGUGAAACACUUCACAGAGCUUUUAAGUAAUUGGUCUGGCUCUCAAGGAUACUGCUUUGAGAUUGGGAAUGGUUCAUGGGACUCAUGGACCAUGCCUCUUCUUGAUCAGACAGCUGUUGUUUGUGAGAAGGUGAAAAGUAUGCCUGAGCUGAGUGGUGGUUACAGCAUCGUGGGGCUUUCUCAGGGUAACAUGAUUGGUCGGGCUCUGAUUGAGUUUUGCGAUGAUGCACCCCCUGUUAAGAGUUUUGUAUCGAUAGGCGGACCUCAUGCUGGCACUGCAUCCAUUCCUUUCUGUGGUGUUACUUGGAUUUGCAUCAUGUUGGACGGUAUGAUCAAAGCAGAGAUCUAUAGUGACUAUAUGCAGGAACACUUGGCUCCUAGUGGUUUUCUCAAAAUCCCUACUGACAUUGCGGGUUACAUGGAAGGUUGUAGGUUUCUCCCAAAGUUAAACAACGAACUUCCAGUUAAGAACUCGACUUAUAAAGAGAGGUUCUCAAGCUUGGAGAAUCUUGUGCUUAUUAUGUUUGAGCAUGAUACUAUACUGAUACCUAAAGAGACCUCAUGGUUUGGUUAUUAUCCUGAUGGGUCUUUUAAGACCAUUCUUCCACCACAAGAGACCAAGCUGUAUACCGAGGACUGGAUCGGUUUGAGAACUUUAGACGAAGCUGGAAAGGUCAAAUUCGUUAGCAUCCCUGGAAACCAUCUUCAGAUAUCUCAUGAAGACAUGAAGAAGCAUAUAGUGCCAUACCUCUCUGACAAAGCAUCAUCAUCAUCCUCAUCUAUAAUUAAAAUGGCAGUUUCUGAGAUUCAGAGUGUAGGGAACUCCGUUAUGAACCUGAUUGGUCCGGAAGUGGAUCAGCUUCAGCUUGUGCUGCGUCAUGUCUCAACCUGAUUGUGUUGUUUGUUUGAAUUCUUACUAAACGUACUUGUCAUGUUGCGUGAAUCUGAUUGUGUUGUUAUUAUUACAGAAAAUCUCAGGAGAUAAAUAAACAUGAUAAGUCCACAGAUAUAUUAUAUCAAAUAUUACAUAAAUAUUACAAGUAAUGGUGAAUGUGUCAUCUGAAAUGGCUGUUUCUGAUAAUGCCACUACCACCUCCUCUAGGUUGUUCACCGGAAUGAAGUUUCUGCAACCUAAUCUGUUCUCUGAACUUGGCUAUGAACUCAUCUGCUUUUCUAUCAACUUCGUAAUGGUCAUGGCUUGCAUUGCUCUGGCUUUCCCAAGCUGCUGCUGCAGCAGCUUCCUCUUCUUCCUCUAAGGUUAAUUUAGGUUGUUCUACCUUGGUCUCUUCAGUAACAUCAUCAUCUUCUGGCUCUGGUUUAGGAAUUUCUGGAAGCUUCUCCUGGUGUAACACAAUUGCUAGUUCUUCUUUCCAUUGUCUUCUUGGUUUUGUUCUUCCGUGGCUUUCUGCUUUAGGUUCUGUCCGGUCAUGAGAUGAUAUUCCAUCUGUCUUUGGAUCUUUCCUAUGGUGAUCAGAUCUUAUGGUCCUCACAGACUUCCCUCUUGAUGAAACUUUACUAGAACCUCUCCAAGAUUGUGGUUCACGUCUCGGACUAGUUGAUUUCACUUCCUUGUUAAUAUCACCAGGAAGAUCUUUCUUUCUAGACUUAUCCAAAUCCACAAAGUCAUCCUCUGGCUUUCUUUUGAUGUCUUUCCCCGGCAAAGUGUCAUGGCCCUCUCGUGAAGAGCGCCUUGAGGCUUUGGCGUUCUUUGGUUGGAAUGGUACAUCCACAGCAGGAAUUGGAAGGCUUGAAGCUUCUGCUGUUAGCUCCAAAGAGUCUUGACUCCGUCCUUUCUUGACCCUCAGCUUGUUAUGUUCAGACUCCAAUCCUUUCCUGAUAUUGUCUUUACCUUCACGCAAGUGGUCGUCACUCUUGUGCUGAAGAUCACGCCUUAUAGUUGUGGAAUCAUCAGAAUCAGGUGGAUAUGAUCUUCGAGAUUUGCUCUUCCCUUUCCGGGAACUUUCAGCAGUGAGUUUCAGUGAUUUAGAUCCCAACUCCUUCUCUGUUCUUCUACCUUUAACUUCCCUCCUCUCCAAUUCAUCUUCCCCUAACAUAGAAGCAUCACUAUAACGCCGAGAAUGUAAGACACGCUUGUGUGUAUUAUCAUCAAUCACUAAUGGUGGUGAUGGGGGCAAAGACUUGUGACUCGGCCUCUUCUUGACCCUCAGCUUGUUAUGGUCAGACUCCAAUCCUUUCUUGACAUUGUCGUCAAGCAUAUGGCCAUCAUCAUGAUCACACCUCCUAGUUGUAGAAUCAUCAACGGGAGAUGAGAUGGGAUCAGGAGGAUACGAUCUGCGAGAUUUGUUCUUCACCUUCCGGGAACUUUCAGCAUUCAUUUUUAGUGAUUCAGAUCCUAGUUCCUUCUUGCUGAAGAUCUCUGUUCUUCUGCCUCUAACGUCACUCACCUCCAGUUCAUCUUCCAAUUCUUGCCUUACAUCUUCCUCUAACAAAGAACCAUCACUAUAAUGCCGAGAAUGUAACACAAGCCUGUGUGUAUCCUCAGUCACUAAUGGUGGUGGUGGAGAUGGGGGCAAAGAUAGCGAACUAGACCGUGAUGAACCUUCAAGACUCUUCUCCUUAACCGGUUCAUCCACAUUCGAGUUCAAAGACUCCUCAGAAACAGAAUGAGAAGGCGAGAGUUUGCUCUGAGUAUGAGACUCAAAGCUAGUCCGUGAUGAAGAAGAGGAAGAAGAAACAGUAGACUGAGAAGGUCUCGAUUCAAGGUUCGCAUAGUGAGUUUCAUCCACUGAUAGAGGCUGAAAAUUUGAAAGAUAAUUGUCUCCCAUCGCCAUCAUCUCAGGUCCAAAGUCCCAUGGAACAACAGGUGGAGACGGAGGAGGAGCAGCCACAAACUCAUCAAAAACCUUAUCAGCUUUAUCAUUUACAGCUUCAUCACAAGAGCCAUCCUCAAGAACUGAGUUAUCUCUCAAACUCGACAUUAAACUCCUAACAGGCAAGCCUAAUGGCUGGUGCACAACGUGACCAUCAAGACCAUAAUCUGGUCUAGCAACAACAACCUUAGAUCUCCCUUGAAAAUACUGCGAGUUCCAAGCUUGCACUUGAUUAAACGACUCAGAUUCUCUCUCAUUCACUACAACUACAGAAGCUUGAGCACUCAAACGAAUCUCAUCACUCCUAAAAUCCCAAGAAGAAUCCUCAGAGGAAACGUGGAAGAGACUAGACACAUAAGAAAGUGAAGACUCCUCUACUACUACUACACGGCUCGUCCUUGUAUCAUCAACUAAUGACUCAACACUCCUACGGCUAAACAAACCAUAAGCGACGGCAAUGCCGACGAAGAGGAGGUGAAUCAGUUCCCAGAACUUGGUGAGAACUGUCUCGCUGCCGACGAACUCCGGAGCCUGAGAAGGGAACAACGGCAAGGCGAGGAGAAACAGAGUGAAUAGGAUUGACUUAAAGAAGAAUCCUCCUUUGGACCGAGGGGUGAGAGACGGAGGCGGGGCGGCGGAGCGACGCUUGGUGUACGGACUCGGAGACGCCAUUGAGAUCUAGAGUGUAGGAUUGGAUUCGAGGAGUAUGUGAAGGAGAGGAGACUUGGAAGCGAGGUAAGAAACAGAUCUAACAUUAAAGCUGUUCAGUCAAAAGAGAGUGAAUG